UCAUACGCAAUGAUAGGCUCAAACCAACUGCCGGUCCACUCACUGUUACUAUCAAUCAGUGGUGACUCGAAGAUCUCAUUACAACACACGUCUGUCCAACAGUUGUCGGCAAUACCUGAAGACCACGAACUGAUCGAAGAAUACGACGCCCCGGAAGAGGUGAUUGAGGACACGGACGAUGAGGUGGAGCCCCAUAUCCUCAUCACAGACCCGGCUCCAGACGGCGGCUACGGGUGGGUCAUUGUGUUGGCCUCAUUCCUAUGCAAUGUCAUCGUCGAUGGCAUCGCCUAUACGUUUGGCCUGUUCUUCGAGCAGUUUGUCCAGCAUUUCGGUACAACCAGAGGGAAGGUAGCCUUAUGUGGGUCUCUACUCAACGGCUGCUAUCUCGGAGCAGAGAAUAGCACUUAA